AUGGCAGCCGUGGAUUUAUAACCGGGGCCUCCACCCAGCUUGGCGGACUUUCGACUUGAAGCCGGGAGGAAGGGGAACAGGAAGGCGGUUCUGGGAGCAGCGAGCCAACUGGUGGCAACGGGAGGCCCCGCGAUGGCCAAGUUUCUUUCCCAGGACCAAAUUAAUGAGUACAAGGAAUGCUUCUCGCUGUACGACAAGCAGCAGCGGGGGAAGAUGAAAGCCACUGACCUCCUGAUGGUGAUGAGGUGCCUGGGGGCCAGCCCGACGCCGGGGGAGGUGCAGCGGCACCUGCAGACUCACGGGAUAGACAGAAAUGGAGAGCUGGAUUUCUCUACUUUCCUGACCAUCAUGCACAUGCAAAUAAAACAAGAGGACCCAGAGAAGGAAAUUCUUUUGGCCAUGUUGAUGGCAGACAAGGAGAAGAAAGGCUACAUCAUGGCGUCUGAACUGCGGUCAAAACUCAUGAAACUGGGAGAGAAGCUCACCCAUAAAGAAGUGGAUGAUCUUUUCAGGGAAGCAGAUAUUGAACCUAAUGGCAAAGUGAAGUAUGACGAAUUUAUCCACAAGAUCACCAUUCCUGUGCAGGACUACUGAAUGCGGAGAAGGCAAGAGAGCCUCCCCUGGGCCGGAAAACUCAGACUGAUGAAUCUUUAAAAAGAAAAGCGUUCCUUUCACUUGUGGGAGGUGGCAAACACAGCAAGAUGACAUACCUGACCACAGCAGAGGGUAACUUAGCAAGGAAACGAAACGAUUUCAGCUAUAGUAGUAGCAUAUCUUCAAUAAAAGAUUUUUACUGAUUUUAAUAAC